GUGCUUGACUGAUUGAUGGUGAUGUUUGUGAUUUAAAGCAGUCUGACAUUAAUUUGGAUGCCUACAAACGUACCUUUUUUUUAUUAUUAUUGUUACUUAUUUCAUAGGAGUUGAAGAGGUUUGGUGUGCACAAAGUAGGAAUCGGUUGAUAGAGACACCUGUAGGGUUCAGAGAUAGUUAAUUAAUUGCCUUAAGUAGUUAAAUGACUCUUACUUAUCAAUUAGACUGAUGUGUAUUUACACAAUGAACUGACUUUGGGUUUUAACUUCACAUGACAAGCUAUUGGAAAAUUAAUAGUAUUUUAUAGUUUGAUCGUACCUAAAAGCUACAUUAUUAGCAGAAAUCAAGAUUGUUUUUUCCUAGAUGGUAAACUGGAGACACUCCAACAAGCUUCAAGCUCUCCUAAAGUGUUCGUGGUUGUAGCAGUAAUUUUUUUUUUACAGCUAGGUUUUAAUAAUAAAAAAAUAAUAAAAAAAAAAACAGGUGCAUUGCUUGUCGGUGCUAAACUUGCAGUGUUGUAGGUGGUUAUUGAGGUUUAUAUGUUGAAGUGCAACAUAUAAGGUACAGCUAAGACUCAAAUAUGAGUAAUAGUGAAAGUAAUACUUGCCUCAGAUACCUAUAGCCUACUUAUCAGAUGUUAUGUAGAGUCCAGAUUUAUAAUAUUUAUUUAAUAAUUUGAAUUGGGAACCAUACACAUCCCACUUUUUCAGAUGUCAAUGCUAUAUUAAAAAUAACCAACAUAGCGUUAACUUCCAUAUUUAUUAACUUCCCAUAUUUAUUUUGUAAUUUUUUAUUUAAUAAUUUUAGAAGACGUCUGGAUAAUGAUGAAGUUACAAAACAAAUAUGUGAAUUAUGGAUCGGACAACGUGCAAUAAUGUUUCACACACACGAUAAAAAUAAUAAUAAUAAAAUAAAACUAAAACUAAUAUAAUUUAGUUGUAAAUUAAUUCUAGGUUUCUGUAACCAAGCCUGACUGCCGAGAAAUCAGAGGUGCUAAGAUUUUGUCAGCCAGGUGUUAAACUACUGCAGCCUCGAAAACAAAGAAACAAAGACCAGCUCUAUUAAGAUCAAGAGUUUAAUGCAAAUGUUCAAAUUAGCGGUUUAUAAAUCUGAACUGCAGGAGGGGAAUGUUUUUGUUCUGUAAAGGAAAUGCGUGGGUUUCUCUCAUUGUUUUUGUAAAGAAUUCAAAUAUGGUAAGUGCGUGUCCUUGAGGAGGUAUAUUUUAAAAAAGGCGUGUCUUGAGAUUUCAGUCUUGAGCGUAAAUUAUGGGUUGGUUGUUCAGAGGGGUUUUAUCAUUGAGACACUGCAUUCCUUUUAGCCCGGAGUGGAGGGCAUAAUACUUCUAAGACAAUAGCAUCGUUAUCAACACAAAUAUGAGUGAUUUAUCAGAAAACUUCGUUAUUGAAGAUUUUUCAGGUUACGAUUUUGAAGACUUGAAGAAUGUAACAGACGGGCCUACCAAUGAAAUAACGUACACCUGCAAAAAUGACAGUAGCCAACUGCAUCUGUUUCACACCGUGUUUCAGCCUCUUGUAUACGGUGUGGUUUUUCUGGUUGGCCUAACAGGAAAUGGUCUACUCUUGACCGUUCUGCUUAAACGGCGGAGGAACCUGCGCAUCACAGAAAUCUACCUGCUACAUCUGGCACUGGCUGAUCUGCUCCUGCUCUUCACCUUACCGUUUGCGGUUACCGAAGGGGUAGCCGGAUGGUUUUUCGGAAACUUCCUGUGCAAGAUUUUGGGCCUUCUGAAUCGCCUAAAUCUGGUGUGUGGGAGUCUGCUUUUGGCAUGCAUCGGCUUCGAUCGCUACCUCGCCAUCGUGCACGCUAUCCCCAGUCUCCAAACCCGUCGGCCUAAGACCGUUCACCUCACCUGUGCAGUGCUCUGGCUCCUGUGUUUAUUUGUGACCAUUCCAAACACGGUGUUCCUGUCUGUGGAGAAAGAGAAGAACAACACUUCCAGAUUAUUAUGUUCCUAUAACAUCCAUGCCAUCCAUGCGAACAACUGGAUGCUGACCAGUCGCUUCAUCACACACCUGCUAUGCUUCUUCCUGCCUCUGGCGAUUAUGGGGUACUGCUACACUUCUGUAAUCAUCACCCUUUGCCAAAGCCAGAGGAGUCUGGAGAAACAGGGAGCAAUUCGACUGGCCCUACUGGUUACACUGGUUUUCUGCCUGUGCUGGUUACCGUAUAACAUCACCAUUUUUAUGGAUACCCUGGUGGUGUUUGGUGCUGUGUCGGAGGAGAACUGUCAUGCUCGUGACACACUGAAACAAGUGAUAAUAGUCACAGAGAGCAUUGGCUUUUCCCAUUGUUGUCUGAAUCCAAUCUUGUAUGCCUUCAUUGGGGUUCGUUUCCGAAGAGACCUCAUGCAGUUGCUCGCAAAGAUAAAGUGUCUGCGUGUAUGCCUGUCAGGUGGGCGCACAAAGACUUUUCACAGGGUAUCGGUCUCAGAGGCUGUUACUACUACAACAAGUAACCAAUACAUCUAAUAGCAGCUAGACAUUUUUGUACAUAUUUUUUGUUUUUCAUCUUUAUUUCGCUAACGAUCUGUGAUUUACAGCUUUACCUGCAUCCUGAGCCAAUCGCUGCAAAUGACUGAAUGCACAUAAUGUAAGCACUUGAAAUCAUAUACAUUUCGACAAUCUGUUAGUCCAACAAUGAAUUUCAUUAAUAAGCAAAACUAGGCACAGUAAACGAAAUGUUGUAGUGCUUUGCAUGUAAAAAGUGAUUCAAUUUACAAUAAAAAAGUGAUAUAAUCUUA